AUGAUGACUCCGACUCCGAGCAGCGUCAUCCAGGCCAAGCUGGUGGGUGCUGCUGGGGGACCUGGGCGCCGGGAAGACGAGCAUCGUCGUCCGGUUCGUCAAGGGGCUCUACUACGAGUGCCAGGAGUCCACCAUCGGUGCGGCCUUCUUCUCGCAGGCGCUGCCCGUCAGCCGCGGCGGCGAGGACGCCACCGUCAGGUUCGACAUCUGGGACACCGCCGGCCAGGAGCGCUACCACAGCCUCGCCCCCAUGUACUACCGCGGGGCCGCCGCCGCCGUCGUCGUCUACGACAUCACCAGCAUGGUUGUUCGAUUUUUUCGCUGCGUGGGUGUCAGGAUUCGUACAUCCGGGCAAAGAGGUGGGUGGACGAGCUUCAGAGACAAGGGAACCCACAUCUGGUGAUGGCGUUAGUGGGCAACAAGGUCGAUCUGGAAAAAAAGAGGAAGGUUGGCACACAGGAGGCGCUGGAGUACGCGGAGCGGAACGGCCUCUUCUUCCUGGAGACGUCGGCCAAGACGGCGCAGAACGUCGGCGAGCUCUUCUACGAGCUAGCCGAGAGACUGGUGAAGGUGCGGCCGAACCAUCCGGCCGGGAUGGUCCUGCACGACGGCCAGCGCGGCGUCGGGGGGCGGUGGUUCUGCUGCUCCGGGUGA